AUGACAGCCCGGUUCUGGGGAGUUUUACCCUUGGCGCUGGUGGUCGCCGUGUGCGCACUGAUCUAUGUGCUUCUGUAUGGACAUAUCUCCGAACACAGCAUCGGGUAUGUAUUCUGCACCAACAAAUGGCAACAUAUUUGAAAUUGUUUAGUGAGUCAAAGGACGGUAUUCAGCCGUUAGGAUUUAAAAUUGUGGGGAACAUUCACAACAAGAAUAGAAAACUAAAAUAUAUAUUUUCUUGUUGCAAUUGUUGCAUUUGGUGCAUCUUGCAGGCAUUUGAACAAAUACAUGUUAAGAAAACAGUUUACAUUACAGUGCACUUAUUACCGUGUAUUAAAUGUAUUUAUUCACACACACACUAUUCAGUCUUACACUGUAAUGCCUUACAAAAAAAGAUUGCAGUUUUGAAACUGCAGUAAAAGUGCAGUAACUGCAGUGGACUGUGGUAGUUUGGAUACAGUAAUUGCACUGUAACUGCAGUCAAACUGCAAAAUUACUGCAUCAAAAAAGUGUUAUUUUGGAUGCAGUAUUUGCAGCAUAAUGCAGUUAUUUUGCACUCUAACUGCCGUUAUACAGCAGUGUACUGCAGUUAUACUGCACUCUGACUACAAUUGUUUUUUCAUAAGGGAUUGCACUGUAAACUACUUGAAGUAACCCUAACCUUACAAUGUACUUAUAGUGUAAAAAUAAUUAAUUACAAUACUUUUACACUGUAAUUACAUUUAUACUUACAUAGUAAUAAAGGCAGUGAUGUCAAGUGUUACAGAAAAGGAUAUUAAUAAUUAACUUUUGAUCAAAACGCCCCAAAAGUUCUCAUUAUUGAAAAGUGGUAGCAUUGUGAAGUGGAAGGGAAAUUGGUUUUUAUCUGAAAAUAUAUAUAUUUUUAACUAACAAAAGAACAUUGAAGUGCAGUUUUUUUGUUUAUAAUUAUUGUAUGUAUGAAUCCUAUAGGGGUGAAUCCUAGAUUCCACUUAAGUCAAAUUUUCACUUAGUCUCCCACUGAAAUCAAUGCAUGACUUAGUGAAAAUUCCACUUCAGUGGAAAUUAGGAUUUUCCCCAUAAUCUGUAGCUUGUUGAAAUUGGCCAGUUAAAAGGGACACUUCACCACUUUUUGACGUCAUAUAACAAAAUCAUUGAUGACAUCAUAGGGGGUUUUCUUAUCUUUUUUAAUACAGAACAUCCUUGUUUUUUCCCCACUUAUACAGACACUGGUAUGGUGCUGGAUGUACAGUGGCUUGCCAAAGUAUUCACCCCCAUUGGCAUUUUUUCCUAUUUUGUUGCCUUACAACCUGGAAUUAAAAUUGAUUUUUUGGGGGGUUUGUAUCAUUUGAUUUACACAACAUGCCUACCACUUUGAAGAUGCAAAAUACUUUUUAUAAAUAAGACACAAAAACAGAACUUGAGCGUGCAUAACUAUUAACCCCCCACCCCCCCCCCCCCUUUGUAGAGCCACCCUUCAAAGCAAUUACAGCUGCAAGUAUCUUGGGGUAUGUCUCCAUAAACUUGGAACAUCUAGCCACUGGGAUUUUUGUCCAUUCUUCAAGGCAAAACUGCUCCAGCUCCUUCAAGUUGGAUGGGUUCCGCUGGUGUACAGCAAUCUUUAAGUCAUACCACAGAUUCUCAAUUGGAUUGAGGUCUGGGCUUUGACUAGGCCAUUCCAAGACAUUUAAAUGUUUCCCCUUAAACCACUUGAGUGUUGCUUUAGCAGUAUGCUUAGGGUCAUUGUCCUGCUGGAAGGUGAACCUCCAUCCCAGUCUCAAAUCUCUGGAAGACUGAAAGAGGUUUCCCUUAAGAAUUUCUCUGUAUUUAGCGCCAUCCAUCAUUCCUUCAAUUCUGACCAGUUUCCUAGUCCCUGCCGAUGGAAAAACAUCCCCACAGCAUGAUGCUGCCACCACCAUGCUUCACUGUGGGGAUGGUGUUCUCAGGGUGAAUAGAGGUGGGUUUGCGCCAGACCUAGCGUUUUCCUUGAUGGCCAAAAAGCUCAGUUUUAGUCUCAUCUGACCAGAGUACCUUUUUCCAUAUGUUUGGGGAGUCUCCCACAUGCCUUUUGGCAAACACCAAACGUGUUUGCUUAUUUUUUUCUUUAAGCAAUGGCUAUUUUCUGGCCACUCUUCCGUAAAGCCCAGCUCUGUGGAGUGUACGGCUUAAAGUGGUCCUAUGGACAGAUACUCCAAUCUCCGCUGUGGAGCAUUGCAGCUCCUUCAGGGUUAUCUUUGGUCUCUUUGUUGCCUCUCUGAUUAAUGCCCUCCUUGCUUGGGCCAUGAAUUUUGGUGGGCGGCCCUCUCUUGGCAGGUUUGUUGUGGUGCCACAUUCUUUCAAUUUUUUUAAUAAUGGAUUUAAUGGCGCUCCGUGGGAUAUUCAUCGUUUCUGAUAUUUUUUUAUAACCCAACCCUGAUCUGUACUUCUCCACAACUUUGUCCCUGACCUGUUUGGAGCGCUCCUUGGUCUUCAUGGUGCCGCUUGCUUGGUGGUGCCCCUUGCUUAGUGGUGUUGCAGACUCUGGGGCCUUUCAGAACAGGUGUAUAUAUACUGAGACAGAUCAUAUGACACUUAGAUUGCACACAGGUGGACUUUAUUUAACUGAUUGUGUGACUUCUGAAGGUAAUUGGUUGCACCAGAUCUUAUUUAGGGGCUUCAUAGCAAAGGGGGUGAAUACAUGUGCACGCACCACUUUUCCGUUCUUUCUUUUUUAGAAUUUCUUUUUUCAUUUCACUUCACCAAUUUGGACUAUUUUGUUUAUGUGCAUUACAUGAAAUCCAAAUAAAAAUCCAUUUAAAUUACAGGUUGUAAUGCAACAAAAUAGGAAAAACGCCAAGGGGGAUGAAUAAUUUUGCAAGGCACUGUAUAGGUGUCUGUAUAAGUGAAAAGAACAAACAAAGAUGUUAUUGUGAGAGUGUGAUUUAAAGGAGGCAGCCGCAGGAGGGUAAAUCACCGAAUACAGAGUUUAUUCCGUAGUAUACAGUUACGCUGGAUAGUGUCAACAGCACAGGGCGUAAUACAGGCGCACUGGAACACAAUACAGGCACACAGGGAGAAAUAACCCCGGCAAUACAAAGUACGGGUAGCUCAACCGAGCUACACUCAUCUUCACAUAAAACAAUCACUCACAAGGACAAGGGGGCAGAGGGAACACUUAUACACGUACUAAUGAGGGGAUAUGAACCAGGUGUGUGUAAUUGACAAGACAAGACAAAUGGAAUGAUGAUAUAUGGAGCGGCAGUGGCUAGUAAGCCGGUGAUGACGAACGCCGAAGCCUGCCCGAACAAGGAGGGGAGGCAGCCUUGGCGGAAGUCGUGACAGUUAUGUAUUAAAAAAAGAUAACAAAACCCCAUAUGAUGUCAUCUAUGAUUUUCUUUAUUCAGCAAUUUUCAAAAACUACAGCUACUUCCUAGGGGAGGGCAUCUCUGCGAAGUUAUAGUAAAAAUACAACAGAUGUUUUUGGCCAUAUGAAGUAUAAGCUCUCUACCAAUCUCAAAUCAUCAAAAGUAAAUAAGAACAUCUUUAAAUGAUCCAUUAAACACACAUUGUGUAUUUCUAUCAUUCUUGGGUCCAGGAUCCGUUACUAUGACGAUGGAGACGUUGUGGCUGUCUACGACAAAUCUGAAAGGGGGAGCUGGUACACAAGGUUGAAAAACAUCUACUACGUCUCCAAUGUGGACUUAAAUAUUAAUAUAUCAGAGAAAACUGCAGCUGGUAAUUGGACAGCAAUCACAACCAAAGAAAAAAGUAAUUCCGUGACGACUGACCCAACAACUUUAAAACAGACUGUAAAAGAGACAAAUGGAUUAACAGGUGGACCCGGGUCUGCACACAAGGAGACCCCCAUGCUCCCCCUGCAAAAAAAGGACUUCAAGCAAUAUCCCGACUGGGAUUUUGAGGAUGUUUACAUCCGGGACAAGCAACCGAGACAGACGGUAAGCCUGUGUUUUAGACAGUCACUGGUCAAGGAUUUGCAAAUAUUAACAAACAUCCCAUAUAAACUGUGUGUGUGCUUUUGUGUGUGUGUGUGUGUGUCAGGCCUGUCCCCAGUCUCUGAGGAACUCCAAGGACCCAGGCUUCAAGCAGGCCUUUAUACCAGACAUCCAGUUGUACCUCCACAGUGGACUACUCAAUGUGCCAGAGUGGAACAGGCUAGCUCACUUCAAUAACCCCUUUGGAUUCAUGGAAUACUCAAACUACACAGGUGUGUGUGUGUGUGUGUGUGUGUGUGUGUGUGUGUGUGUGUGUGUGUGUGUGUCCAGGAGUGUAACAAUCCUUGGCAGGCAGCUCAGCUCAGCCCUCUUCAGCCGUGUAGACUUUUGACACGAUGACAAACUUUCAUCCUUUAGUACACAAUAGUACACGUUUAAAGAGGGUGGGUCUACAUUGGCUAAGGCUGUGCAAUAUCAGGAACAUGGCAUAAAUCAAGAAAACCGCAAGAGAAGUGAGAAAGUGGAAUAUGUGUCGAACUGCCAAAGUCAACCACCCCUUGUUUAAACAAGAGCAUUAGGAGUUCUGCCUAACACAUUACAAACAGGUUCUUAGUUUGGGUUUGAGUGGCAGAAUAAUGCAUUCCCAGACUUCAACUUCACCAGUUUUAUUUCCUCCUCCACAAUAGUCAAUGCAAACUGAAUUACUGAGGUUUUCUUUUAAGCUUGGCCAAAAAGGAGGACAAAGGUAACACAAUGAUUUAACCAAGCAAAACAAAACACAGGUUCUGGUGCAUGGUCGAGGGAAGCACUAACUAAACAGUCAUUUAACUUCUCAAUGUUACAUAUAUUUUUUUUUUAUCUCAAACUUAAGUCAACAAUUUACAACGUUAGACCACAGCUACAUGGCAAACUUCCCUCUUACCUGUACUUUUCAAACAGGAUUUAAAGGAACAGUCAAUGAGAACAAUGCAUCAAUCAUUCAAUUAGCCUUUUUCUCUCAAACCAAGGCAGCAUGCACAAGCAAAUGGAGGCUCAUUGGGAGAUUCUCAUUUGGGGAAAAGACUGUCCUCUCCUCGACUCCUCCGUCCUCCCUCCUCCGUGACCCGGAAACCAAUAAGUGAUCGAGGAGAGUGUCAAUUCGUUAGGCGAACGGAAUUGUGUCCUCCCAUCCUUGAUAGCCACCUUUCGUUGAGGAUAGUUUUGUACACACUUAGAAAAGAGGGUUCCUCAAGGGAUCUUUGGUAAGGGUGAUGGUUCUAUGUGGAACCAUAAUGACUCAAAUAACCAUUUGAGCCCUUCAAUGGUUCUUUGCAGUUCAGAAAAGGGUUAUUUCAUCUUUUAGUGAUAAUUAAAAUGUAGAGGUGGCCACUCAGAAUAUUCUGGGGCAUGGUUUGCUCUUUGUGUGAAACCGUCAAGUGGGAGUGUCUGUCACGUCUCCUCCCAUUGCUCCCCCCCGGGCGCUCUGAUUCGCCGGUCUACUGAGCCACCGGUCUGAGCGCAACACCUCAGCAACACCGGAAUGGAAACCCAACGCACCCUAAUCACCUCCAGCGCACCUGCACCUCAUCAUCACUUCGUAUACUCAGUACGCGUCACAGUGUCAUUCCAGUUUAUCUAAUCUGUUCUGUUAUGCCAAUAUACAGUUGAAGUCGGAAGUUUACAUACACUUAGGUUGGAGUCAUUAAAACUCGUUUUUCAACCACUCCACAAACUUCUUGUCGGUUAGGACAUCUACUUUGUGCAUGACACAAGUAAUUUUUCCAACAAUUGUUUACAGACAGAUUAUUUCACUUAUAAUUCACUGUAAAACAAUUCCAGUGGGUCAGAAGUUUACAUACACUAAACAGCUUGGAAUAUUCCAGAAAAUGAUGCUUUAGAAGCUUCUGAUAGGCUAAUUUACAUCAUUUGAGUCAAUUGGAGGUGUACCUGUGGAUGUAUUUCAAGGCCUACCUUCAAACUCAGUGCCUCUUUGCUUGACAUCAUGGGAAAAUCAAGUCUGGUUCAUCCUUGGGAGCAAUUUCCAAAUGCCUGAAGGUACCACGUUCAUCUGUACAAACAAUAGUACGCAAGUAUAAACACCAUGGGACCACGCAGCCGUCAUACCGCUCAGGAAGGAGACGCGUUCUGUCUCCUAGAGAUGAACGUACUUUGGUGCGAAAAGUGCAAAUCAAUCCCAGAACAACAGCAAAGGACCUUGUGAAGAUGCUGGAAGAAACAGGUACAAAAGUUUAUAUAUCCACAGUAAAAACGAGUCCUAUAUCGACAUAACCUGAAAUGCCGCUCAGCAAGGAAGAAGCCACUGCUCUAAAACCGCCAUACAAAAGCCAGACUACGGUUUGCAACUGCACAUGGGGACAAAGAUCGUACUUGUUGGAGAAAUGUCCUCUGGUCUGAUGAAACAAAAAUAGAACUGUUUGGCCAUAAUGACCAUCGUUAUGUUUGGAGGAAAAAGGGGAAGGCUUGCAAGCCUAAGAACACCAUCCCAACCGUGAAGCACGGGGGUGGCAGCAUCAUGCUGUGGGGGUGCUUUGCUGCAGGAGGAACUGGUGCACUUCACAAAAUAGAUGGCGUCAUGAGGAAGGAAAAUGAUGUGGAUAUAUUGAAGCAACAUCUCAAGACAUCAGUCAGGAAGUUAAAGCUUGGUCGCAAAUUGGUCUUCCAAAUGGACAAUGACCCCAAGCAUACUUCCAAAGUUGUGGCAAAAUGGCUUAAGGACAACAAAGUCAAGGUAUUGGAGUGGCCAUCACAAAGCCCUGACCUCAAUCCUAUAGAACAUUUGUGGGCAGAACUGAAAAGGCGUGUGCGAGCAAGUAGGCCUACAAACCUGACUCAGUUACACCAGCUCUGUCAGGAGGAAUGGGCCAAAAUUCACUCAACUUAUUGUGGGAAGCUUGUGGAAGGCUACCUGAAACGUUUGACCAAAGUUAAACAAUUUAAAGGCAAUGCUACCAAAUACUAAUUAAGUGCAUUUAAACUUUUGACAAACUGAGUUUAAAUAUAUUUGGCUAAGGUGUAUGUAAACUUCCGACUUCAACUGUAUCUUAAAUAUAACUAUGGUCCACUAUGGUCCCCACCUCUUUAAGGAAUACCUGGGAUAGGAUAAAGUAAUCCUUCUACCCCCCCCCCCCCCCCCCCACCCCCCUCUUAAAAAAAAAAAAAUUGUAAAGUGGUUAUCCCACUGGUUAUAGGGUGAAUGCACCAAUUUGUAAGUCGCUCUGGAUAAGAGCGUCUGCUAAAUGACGUAAAUGUAAAUGAAAGACUUUAUAUGUAAGGCCUUGUGUCAAUUGAGAACUGUUAACUAAAUCAGUAGCCUCUGCCAAGUCCCCAAUGAACGGAUGUUCCGGUUCUUCAGGGGAAAUGGAAAGAGAGCCUGUGACGAGACUUCUGCUUUUGGACGUGAACAAGGCGACACUCCAUCUUAACUCCUCCUCCACAUUUACUGGAUUGGUUGAACAGGGCAGAAGAGAACCUCCACCGAGAGUUGUUUUUCCUCUUGUCAAGACCAGUAUGUAAGAGAUCUAGUUUCAGGCGUUUCUUUUACGCCUGCUAUGUUAGAUUACUAAAUCAGUGGUACUCAAUUCUUUCCUCAGGGACCCCCAGCUGUUCCAGAGAUAUACCCCUGAUUCAACUUGUGAAUUAACACAAUAGUAACACCUAUGGAAUUUUAACAAUAUCAUAUAUGGCUAACUACAAUAAAAAUAAGUUAUUCAAAAUAUUAUUUAUAGAACCUUUGAGAUUGAGAAAGGUUCUUUAUAGAACCAUUCUCUAUAAAGGUUCUAUAAAGAACCAAAAAGGGUUGUAACCAGGGGAGAACGACUGCCCCCGCUCAUUGAGGAUUUCAAGUUCCUGCGUCUAGUGCAAGCAUUGUUUUCAGAAAACAGGAUCCCCCAUUAUAGUGAAUGGGAAAAUAGCAAUCUUUGUGGUCAAUCUUCAUAUAAAUAAAUACAUGUUUUGAGUACAAUCCUUCUAUUAAACCAUGUCCUUGAGACGGUUAUUUUUAAAUCGCACACAGAAGAAGUUAUAAGGAUAAUUUAGUUGCUAAUGGUAGCCUGCAGUACCCAGGCCGGCCUUCAACUUGAGAUACUCAAUGAGCUAAUGCAGCACUGUGCUAGCCUGCAACGUCACUUCCUAGAGUAGCUUAAACUGCGCAUGCAAUGUUUCCAAAAACGAAUCCAUGAAGCAAGAUGGCAACACGCUAAAACGACACUUCACACUUCCUGAUCUUCAAAUGUGCCACAGACUUCACAUAGGAAACAAUGGGGUGAUUUCAUCAAUGGCUCCGUCCAUUUUCUUUUUACAGUCAAUGGUUGUAACCAUAGUGGAACCCUUUUUGGUGCUAUAUAGAACCUUUUUGUUAGAUGGUUCUCUAUAGCACCAUAAAGGUUCCAUUUAGAACCUUAUGAGCAUGGUUCUUUAUAGAACCUUAAAAAAAGGGUUCUAAAUAGCACCAAAAAGGGAUCUGUUAUGGUUACAAGCCAAAUAACGUUUUAUCUAUAAAAUGUCUGCCAUAACUAGCGGAAUUUAUUUUUACCACUUUAUAUAUUUUGGUAUUCCAACACAUGUCCUAUGCUACACAUGGAGAGAACACGCUUGACCAUUGUUACUCUCCCGGGACGGAUACAAGGCCCUUCCCUGCCCUUCGGCAAAUCAUAUCAUGCCUCCAUCCUGCUCCUCCCCACCUAUAAGCAGAAACUUAAACAGGACGCACCUGUGGUGAGGAUUGUUCAACAUUGGCCUGCCAAUCUGAAUCUAUGUGCCAGGACUGUUUUGAUCACGCGGACUGGGAAAUGUUCCGGGUCACCUCUGGGAAUUGUAUCGACGUGUACACUGACUUGGUGACUGGAUUCAUCAGGAAGUGCAUAGAGCUUGUUGUUCCUAGCUACGACCUCCAUAAGGCAAUCAAAGAGGCAAAACGACAGAACAGGGACAAAGUGGAGCCGCAAUUCAACGGCUCAGACAUGAGACGCAUGUGGCAGGGACUCCAGACAAUCUCAGAUUAUUUACAUUUUUACAUUUUAGUCAUUUAGCAGACGCUCUUAUCCAGAGCAACUUACAGUUAGCGAGUGCAUACAUAAUUUAUUUAUUUUUCAUACUGGCCCCCCGGUGGGAAUCGAACCCACAACCCUGGCGUUGCAAACACCAUGCUCUACCAACUGAGCUACAUCCCCUGCCGGCCAUUCCCUCCCCUACCCUGGACGACGCUGGGCCAAUUGUGCGCCGCCCCAUGGGUCUCCCGGUCGCGUCCGGCUACGAUAGAGCCUGGAUUCGAACCAGGAUCUCUAGUGGCACAGCUAGCACUGCGAUGCCACUCGGGAAAGCCAGGCACGUUGCGGACACCGAUGCCUCACUCCCAGACAAGCUAAACACUUUAUUUGCCCGCUUCGAGGAAAACAACACUGAGUCGCCGAUUUGGGCCCCCGCAGCUCACGAGGACCGUGUGCUCCCGAUCUCGAUGUCCAACAUAAGACAUUCAAGCGUGUUAACCCUCGCAAGGCUGCCGGCCCAGACAACAUCCCAAGCCUCAGAGCAUGUGCAGACCAGCUGGCAGGAUUGUUUAUAGACAUAUUAAACCUCUCCUUAUCCAAGUCUGUUGUCCCCACCUACUUCAAGGUGUCCACCAUUGUUCCUGUACCCAAGAAAGUGAAGUUAACUGAACUAAAUGACUAUUGCUCCAUAGCACUGACCUCUGUCAUCAUGAAGGGCUUUGAGAAGCUAGUUAAGGACCAUAUCACCUUACCCGACACCAUAGACCCACUACAAUUUGCAUACCGCCCCAACAGAUCCACGGACGACGCAAUCGCCAUUGCACUGUACACUGCCCUAUCCCGCCUGGACAAGAGGAAUACCUGUGUGAGGAUGCUGUUAAUCGACUACAGCUCAGCCUUCAACACAAUAGUGCCCUCCAAGCUCAUCACUAAGCUCAGGGCCCUGGGUCUGAACCCCUCCCUGUGCAACUGGGUCCUAGACUUCCUGACAGGCCGAUCCCAAGUGUUAAAGGUAGGUAACAACAACUACGCCACGCUGAUCCUCAACACGGGGGACCCACGGGGGCCCCAGAGGAGUGUGUGCUCCUCCACACCGACACCAUGGUAAAGAAGGCGCAACAGCGCCUCUUCAACCUCAGGAGGCUGAAUAAAUUUGUCUUGGCCCCUAAGACCCUCACAAACUUCUACAGUUGUACCAUCGAGAGUAUCAUCACCUAGUACGGCAACUGCAAUGCCCGCACCCGCAGGGCCCUCCAGAGCGUGGUGCGGUCAGCCCACGCAUCACCGGGGGCACACUGCCUGCCCUCCAGGACAUCUACAGAACCCGGUGUCACAGGAAGGCCAAGAAGAUCAUCAAGGACCUCAGCCACCCGAGCCAUGGCCUGUUCAACCUGCUACCAUCUAGCAGGCGGAGACAGUACAGGUGCAUCAAAGCUGGGACAGAGAGACUGAAAAACAGCUUCUAUCUCCAUGCCAUCAGACUGUUAAACAGUCAUCACUAGCCGGCCUCCGCACGGUACCUUGCCCUGCACCUUAGACACUGUCACUAGCCAGCUACCACCCAGUACUCUACCCUGCACCAUUGAGACUUCUGCCCUAUGUACAUGGAGUCAUUGAACAAUGGUCACUUUAAUAAUGUUUACAUAACGUUUAUUGUUCUGAAAUAAUUUAUGUAGUUAGAAACAGAUACGAUUAGCAUUCCUGCAACAUUAUUCUGUUGAAAUGUAAUUUGAUCUCUGAGAAAUUAAGCUUUUUGAUUACUCACUUUAUAUGUACAUACUGUAUUCUGGAAAUAGCUCAUCCUAUAUAACUACUGCUGGACAUACUAUGUUCUGGACAUAGCUCAUCCUAUAUAACUACUGCUGUACAUACAUUUUUCCUAUGUAUAUAUUGUCCAUACUGUUAAUACACACCACAUAUUUAUAUUCCGGACUCAGACAUUCCUAUUUAUUGUUCUGAUAUUUCUUAAUUUAUUGAUUUCUUGAACACAUAAGCUGUCUGUGACCAGGUGAAAAGCCAAACCUUCAUAUCAUAACCACUAACCGCUACACACAGCCUACAUUGUUGUCACCAUAUUAGUUAACGUCAUAGUCAAUAUAGCUACUAGAACUAACGUGUUAGUAAACCCGCUACAAUCAUGCAGUACAGUGUACAGUAGGCAAGCAGUUUAGCAGUUACCCCGGCAGGCCACAGUGGCAAUAAAUGAAUAAAACCAAAAGCUUACCUUGAAUCGGAAGAGUUCCAGUGUUGGAUAACCAUAGCCAGCUAGCUAACAUAGCAUCCCUCUCUGUUUGAGCCGGGUGUUUGAGUAGGUUAAACUAGCUAGCUGCAUUCACUAGCUAAGUGAAAGUGAAAAAAUACGAGAAAUAUAGCUAGCUCUCUCUCUCUCUAUUGAUUCUCCUUCAUUUGUGAAGAAAUUAAUUUGUUCAAAACUGUUAAAAUAUUGUCUUUCGCUUUGAGUCAACUACUCACCACAUUUUAUGCACAGCAGUGCUAGCUAGCUGUAGCUUAUGCUUGCAUUACUAGAUUAAUUCUCAGAUUCUUUGAUUGGGUGAACAACAUGUCAGUUCAUGCUGCAAAGAGCUCUGAUAGGUUGGUGGACGUCCUCCGGAAGUUGUCAUAAUUACUGUCUAAGUCUAUGGAAGGGGGUGAGAACCAUGAGCCUCCUAGAUUUUGUAUUGAAGUCAAUGUACCCAGAGGAGGACGGAAACUAGCUGUCCUCCGACUACACCAUGGUGUUACCCUACAGCGUGCUGUUGAGGGUUUUGAUCAAUUAUUUGGUGACGUGAAUAUAUUUAGUAUAGUUAUCUAAAAAGGAUAACUUUGCUUCACUAUUUUUUUUCUGAAAUUCACUGAGGAGGAUGGUCCUCCCCUUCCUUCUCUGAGGAGCCUCCACUGGUGUAUUAGUAUGUACUGUUAGACAUUUACUGUACUGCUGGAGCUAGAAACACAAGCAUUUCGCUGCACCUGCUUUAACAUUUACAUUUACAUUUACAUUUUAGUCAUUUAGCAGACGUUCUUAUCCAGAGCGACUUACAGUUAGUGAGUGCAUACAUUUUUCAUACUGGCCCCCCAUCUGCUAAUCUGGGUACGCAACAAACAAACUUUGAUUUGAUUAAUCCUCCGUAAACGUAAUUUGCCUGAUGAUGCGCUAGUGGACAAGAAGAGUUUUAUUUCAUGCAAGCGCUUCUCUCCUCGAUUACCUUUGACCUUUUUUAAAAGGUUGCGAGGAGAGGACAGAGGAAUUAGCAAAACCAAUUGAGAAUCUCCCAUUGUCACACCUGUGACAUUCAUUUGACAGCCCAAAGAAAGUCCACUGCGAAAAUAUAUUUAAAAAAAGGUCUACUUGGCUUGUUUUUUGUGUGGUUACAAUGUGUAGUAGUACAGUACUUUCUGGUACUGCUACCAUCAAAUGGUGCCAAGUCAAGUGGUGCUUGCUUUAUGGAAUCCCAAAGACACAAACAAGUAAAGCAUACUAUGUGUGUGUGGUUUCAGAGAUAAAGGCAGUGGUGGACCUGAUCCCCAAGCCAGGAGAACCCCUGCUCCUGCCGCGGGGAAACCCCAUGUGUAUUCGCUGUGCUGUGGUGGCCAACGGAGGAAUACUCAAUGGCUCUGGGAUGGGGAAGGAAAUCGAUGAUCAUGACUACGUGUUUCGGUCAGUGUGUGUGUGUCUGUGUCUGUGUGUUUGUGCGUGCUGUGUCCGAUUUUUCACUUUAAAUGUAUGCCAAACAAAAGCUACUGAUUUCAAAGUCUAACAAACCAUACAACUAUGCACAAUGACUACUUUGAACUAUUUACACAGUACAUAAAUAAAAAAUUAACAUUAACUGCAAAAACUGUGCAAAAUCUCCCUCAGUUUUAUUCUGUUACCAAACAUUGUAUCUGCACAGUUCUUCCUGUAAAUGUGUUUUUGUAAAAAUGUUCAGUGGAAAUUGUUAAAUGUAGUCCUUGUGCAUAGAGUUGUAUAGUUUGUUAAACUUUGAAAUCAAUGGUUUUUGUUUGUGUCUUCAGAAAGAAUUCAUAUCCCUUGACUCUUUUCCCAUUUUGUUGUGUUACAGCCUGAAUUUAAAAUUGAUUAAAAUUAGAUUUGUUGUCACUGGCUUACAUACAAUACCCCAUAAUGUUUAUAAAUGUUUACAAAUUAAUUAAAAAUGAAAAGCUGAAAUGUAUUGAAUCAAUAAGGUGACUAAUGGUAUAAUAAUGGUGACUUUACAACAGUUACAGAGUUUAAUGGCUGUGAUAGGAGAAAACUGAGUAUGGAUCAACAACAUUGUAGUUACUCCACAAAAAUAUCCUAAUUGACAGUGUAAAAAGAAGGAAUCCUUUACAGAAAAAAAAUAUUCCAAAACAUGCAUCCUGUUUGCAACAAGCCACUAAAGUAAAAAUGCAAAAGAUGUUGCAGAGCAAUUAACUUUUUAUCCUGAAUACAAAGUGUUAUGCUUGGGGCAAAUCCAAUACAACACAUUACUGAGUACCACUCUCCAUAUUUUCAAGCAUAGUGGUGGCUGCAUCAUGUUAUUGGUAUGCUUGUAAUCAAUAAGGACUUGGGAGUUUUUCAGGAUAAAAAAAAAAGAGACAGAAUGGAGCUAAGCACAGGCAAAAUCUUAGAGGAAAACCUGAUUCCGUCUGCUUUCCACCAGACACUCUGAGAUGAAUUCACCUUUCAGCAGGACAAUAACCUAAUACACAAGGCCAAAUCUACACUGGAGUUGCUUACCAAGAAGACAGUGAACGUUCCUGAGUGGCUGAGUUACAGUUUUGACUAGUUUUGAGCCCUCUUCUCCCUCUUCAGUUUCUUCCAGGGUGCCCCUAAUGAUUACUGUUUUUACUUUUGGUUCUGGUUCGAAGCCAACCUGUCUCAGAGGGAAUGCACCUCCUUUGUAGCCGGAACAAUCAUCAUAUAGGGGAGGUGGUGGUGGUGCUGUUAGAAGGGCGGGAUAUUCUUUUUUAUAGGGCUUCUACACGGUUCCCUCUGACCGGAGUAGUUGUAAAACAGUUACAGAUUCCAGUGUGGCUUUUUUCUCUGCCUUUUUCUUCCCUUGUUUUGUCUUCUUGUCACGCCCUGAUCUUGGAGAUCCCUUUUAUUCUCUAGUUGGUUAGGUCAGGGUGUGAUUUGGGUGUCCAUUCUAGGUUUUCUAUUUCUUUGUUGGCCGGGUGUGGUUCCCAAUUAGAGGCAGCUGUCGAUCGUUGUCUCUGAUUGGGGAUCAUACUUAGGCAGCCUUUUUCCCACCUUAGUUUGUGGGAUCUUGUUUCUGGUUAGUAGCUGUGUAGCCUGUAGAACUUUAUGUUCAUUUGUGUUUUGGUAUUUGAUCUGUAUUCAGUUAAUAAAUUAAAAUGUUCGCCUACCACGCUGCACCUUGGUCCGAGCCGUCAAUCAACGAGCGUGACAGAAGAUCCCACCACAAACGGACCAAGCAGCGUGGCCAGGAGGAGCAGACAUCGUAGACAUGGGAGGAUAUCUUGGACGGAAAGGGAUCCUGGACGUUGGAAGAGAUCCGGGCAGGUAUGGAUCGCCUUCAAUGGGAGCAGACGGAGGCAGCGAGGGAGGAUCAAGGGCGACUCCGAAGGUCACGACCACGACGGAAGCCCGAGAGGCAGCCCCAAAUAUUUUUUUGGGGGGGUGGCAUACGGGGUGGUUGGUGGAGCCAGGUUUCAGACCAGAGCCAACUCCCCGCACUCGCUUUAAGGAGCGUGGGACCGUUCAGGCACCCUGUUAUGUGGUGAUAUGCACUGUGUCUCCAGUGCACAUUCACAGCCCGGUGCGCUUGGUGCCCGCGCCCGCACUUGCCGGCCUAAAGUGAGCGUCUAGCCAGGACGGGUUGUGCCUGCUCCUCGCACCAAACCAGUGGUGCGUGUCUCCAGCCCGGUACGGCCCGUGUCUGCUCCUCGCACCAGACCAGUGGUGCGUGUCCCCAGCCCGGUACGGCCCGUGCCUGCUCCUCGCACCAGACCUCCAGCGAGGGUCCUCUGCUCCACCCCGGUGCCAGAGUAGUCUGCUCCACCGGUGCCCAGUUCAGCACCAGUUAGCUGCUCCACUCCAGUGCUGGAGUAGUCCGCUCCACCUGUGUUUAGUCCAGCUCCGGUUAUCUGCUCCCUACCAGAGCCGGGGCAGUCCGGCGUUAACCCUCAGACGUUAACCCCUCUCCAGGGUUGGGGCCUCCCACACCAGGGUCCAGACAGGGCUUGGUGCAUCGCAGGAGGACUGCCGGGCCGGAACCAGACGUUAACCCCUCUCCAGGGUCGAGGGCUCCCACACCAGGGUCCAGACAGGGCUUGGUGCAUCGUGGGAGGACUGAGAGGGGAAGCAUUGCGCCAGGGUUUAGACCGGACCGGGUGUGCAACGGGGAGGCAGGAAGGGAGAAGAGGUUAAGACCUACGUUGCGCCCAAAGCCGGAGCCGCCACCGAGGCUAGAUGCCCACCCGGACCCUCCCCUAAUGAGUCAGGUUUUUGCGGCUGGAGUCCGCACCUUUGGGGGGGGGGGGGGGGGACUGUCACGCCCUGACCUUGGAGAUCCCUUUUAUUCUCUAGUUGGUUAGGUCAGGGUGUGAUUUGGGUGUCCAUUCUAGGUUUUCUAUUUCUUUGUUGGCCGGGUGUGGUUCCCAAUCAGAGGCAGCUGUCGAUCGUUGUCUCUGAUUGGGGAUCAUACUUAGGCAGCCUUUUUUCCACCUUAGUUUGUGGGAUCUUGUUUCUGGUUAGUAGCUGUGUAGCCUGCAGAACUUUACGUUCGUUUGUGUUUUGGUAUUUGAUCUGUAUUCAGUUAAUAAAUUAAAAUGUUUGCCUACCACGCUGCACCUUGGUCGGAGCCGUCAAUCAACGAGCGUGACACUUCUCCACGAUGUCAUGGACGAUGUUAAAUUGAUUCUUGUCAAAAGACCCAUCUUUGGGGAACCAAAAUUCCCUGUGACUAAUUGUCCAUUCAUGCCAUUUCUUAAACACCCAUACAAUAUAUUUUUGGAGUGCUGGGUAUUGUUGGGCUAGGUACUCAACAGGAGUUACAGGCUUCAUUGGUGUGGGUCCCGAGGGCAUGUGAGAGGGAACUGUUGAAUUGUCUGCCAUGAUUGCUAGUUUUUAUCGGGGUCGUCCUACGUGUAA